GACAGGCACAAAAAUUGAGCAUACGCCUAGACUGAUUUCAAACGCGCAGUAGAAAUCAACAAGUGAUCACCAUGUCGAGCGAGGAAACCAAGACUUUCACGCGGGCCGAGGUCGCCAAGCACAACACAAACAAGGACACCUGGCUGCUCAUCCACAACAGCAUCUACGACGUCACCGCCUUCCUGAACGAGCAUCCCGGUGGCGAAGAGGUGCUCAUCGAGCAGGCCGGCAAGGAUGCCACGGAGAACUUCGAGGACGUUGGCCACAGCAACGAUGCCCGCGACAUGAUGAAGAAGUACAAAGUCGGCGAGUUGGUCGAGAGCGAAAGGACCAACGUGGCCCAGAAGUCGGAGCCCACCUGGAGCACGGAGCAGCAGGGCGAGGAGAGCUCGGUGAAGUCGUGGCUGGUGCCCCUGGUGCUGUGCCUGGUGGCCACGCUCUUCUACAAGUUCUUCUUUGGCGGUGCCAAGCAGUAGCUAACCCACAGUGCCAAGCAGAGACUUUCCAACCAGCUCCGGAGUCACUAAGUUAAGCUCAAAAGUCAAGGGCUCCGGAACGAGGAGGAGGA